AAGUUUUGUGAGUCGGAGGGAACGGAGCAUUUGAUUACAGAACGGAGACAUUUGUGUAUUUUUUUGUUGUUGUGGAUUUUGUAUCGCGUUCUUUCCAUACUGUAAAGGAAUUGAAACGCGCACAGGGUGAGUAGCCUAAAAUCUGAAUGUUUUUUUUGUAAUUUUGCCUGGAUAGCCAUCUGUGGCGAUGGAAUAUCAAUAAGUUUACGAGCGCCUGCAACAGCAAAUCUAGAGCUCUGCCAUGGGCGAAAACGGAUCGCCAUCUUUCUCCAAGAAAACAUUUACUUUGGCAACCAUCUUCUCUCGCUUUGUAUUAAGUUGCGCCAUGGACUAUACACGUUUUUUAAAAUUGUGCUGUGUAGUAUUGUUCAUUCUUUAUCUGAGUCUGCAUAUUUCUUAUCUCCGAGGUCGGUCGGCUGUUUCUGAUUUUAUGAAUGGAGAGGUCAGGUUUUUUCUUCGCAGUGUUCCACACGGAUCGAGUUUCACUUCAUUAAAAAAGCAAGGGCCGGUGAAGGGGGGUGGGGGGUCGGUCGGAUGUAAUUCAUCCGGGAGGGGGGGUGACGGUCGAUCGGAUGUAAUUCAUCAAUUGUUUUGAACUAGCUAAGAUCUAUUGGGAUUUUUUGCAUUAACUAUUGGGGAAAGAAAUAGCGUUGCAAAUACUAUUUCAGUUUUUCUCAAUAGGAGGCUUGAUUUUCAUCAGCAGUUUGCAAUAUAGGAUGUAAUUCAUGAAUUGCUUUGAACUAGCUAAGAUUUAGUGGGAUAUUUUUGCAUUAACUAUUGGGGAAAGAAAUAGCGUUGCAAAUACUAUUUCAGUUUUUCUCAAUAGGAGGCUUGAUUUUCAUCAGCAGUUUGCAAUAUAGGAUGUAAUUCAUGAAUUGCUUUGAACUAGCUAAGAUUUAGUGGGAUAUUUUUGCAUUAACUAUUGGGGAAAGAAAUAGCGUUGCAAAUACUAUUUCAGUUUUUCUCAAUAGGAGGCUUGAUUUUCAUCGGCAGUUUGCAAUAUAGGCUAUUGUCUUUUUGUUGCCUACAAUUUUCCACUCGCUGCUUUUAUAUGCCAACUACCGAUAUUUUUCUCCAGAUAAUGAUUUAACCAAAGAUUGUUGGUGUCCAUUAAUGGGAGUUACAGGAUAGUUACUGUUUGGUGUAGCAGAGUAUUUGACCAACCUUAACUUUGCCAUACUAGCUUCGUUCUGGAUUCGGCCAAACCUGUAUCUUCUAAAAUGUCCGUGUCCAGUUGCAGGUGCAUGGUGCCUUUGCAUUUUAGAAAAUGCUCAGUUAUUAAAAUACAUUAUAUACAUUUUUUUGAUUCCUGAAGUAAUGCAACAAUGUGUACGAGGCCAUCUUGUCUAUUUCAAAUAUUAUAGAAUUGAUCGAGACAGGUGAGUGUCAUCAUGACAUAAGGCACUCUGGGGUGGACCCACCUGUCUCAAUCAAUGAGAGAAGAUUUGAAAUAGACAAGAUGGCGUCGUACACAUUGUUGGAUUACUUCAUGGAGCAAAAUAUUGAUAUUUUAAUAACUGAGCAUUUUCUAAAAUGCAAACGCACCAUGCAACUGGACACGGACAUUUUAGAAGAUACGUUUGACUGAAUCCAGAACGAAGCUAGUAUGGCAAGGUUAAGGUUGGUCAAAUUCUCUGCUUCACCAAACAGUACCUAUCCUGUAAUUCCCAGUAAUGGAUACCAAAAAUAUUUGGCUAAAUCGCAUUAUCUGGAGUAACAAUCUGUAGCUACGUUUAGGCUACAACAAGUUACAUGAUCAAACGUGGGAACUUUGUAAUUACAUUUGGGAGAGGGGAAUAUAAAGCUGUGAUUUACAUUUUAUUCAUUCAUUUAGCAGAGGCUCGGAUACCAGAGCGACUUAGUUAGAGAGUGCAUACAUUUUCAUACUGGCCCCCCGUGGGAAACGAACCCACAACCCUGGCGUUGCAAGCGCCAUGCUCUACCAACCUGCUACUUUGGAUAUAUGGUCCAUUGACAACGCCACUGUUUUCAAAACUUGGUUUUAAAAUAUUUGUCAUGAUUGUCCACUAUUGGACUGGCAUAUUUUAUGCAUCAGUAAAUACAUAUUUUCAAUGUGUUGCUACAAUGUGUCGCUUUAAUGAUUGACCAGCUGUAACUUUAUUCGUCAUCCAUCAAGAGAAUAAACGGCCUUCAAGAAAAUGAACGGGUGAAAGUAUAGUGACUCGUGUCAUGCUCGAGGAGGUUUGGAGACGAGGGCUAAUCACGUGGAGUGGAAGGGCAUGAUUUUACUACUAGUUUAUUCCCAGCCCUUUCUCUUUGCCACUUUUCUGUCGGCCUUUACGUGCUAUUGCACUUAACUUCACUAUGCCCGGGGGAUAUGGCAGCUGUGCUAGAUUUUAUAUUUAAAGGUCAGUAUGAAACGAGUCACUUGCCUCUGUACGUAGAGGCAUAUUGUAACGAGACGUUUCUAUUGGAUUUAUUUAUAGACUGGCUUUUCUAUGUUGUCUAAUGUUCUUCAGUGACUAGUUUUUGAGUAAUAAAUAAAUGACACGUGUGAUCCAUACAAUACGGUGUCACCCAUUGGCAUCAAAUGCCUCAAAGUAUAGGGUUAAAGACUCAUCCUAGAAGUUUUCCCCUGCGCAGUCUUAGCUGAUUAUGAUUGCAGUCUCCUAAUCGCCUGAACAGAUGGCUGGCUUUGCCUUAUGUAAGAGUUACAUAAGUCACACAACUACAGUGUAUUUAUGUUGUGCAUGCAGGGCAUGCUCUAAACCAGCAUGUUCAGUUAAAAGAGCUGUUGUUGCAAUAGGAAACAGUGUUGGGCAACAAGAGCAAGAGGAGGUGCGGGUUAUAUGGGUUCUGAAAGGUCUGUAGUGGGGUUCUGAUAGGGCUGUAGUGAAGUGGCUGCUUGCUUACAGGUCUGUCUAUAUUAGGGAAAGAAACUGGAUGACUGAGUACUCUAGCAGAGUUGAACUACUAACAUAUGUUUUUGUUUUUGUCCACAGUUGAACAGCUAGUACAUAUAGUGACUUUUGUGAUAUCGCUUUAAAGCGAAUACCUUUUUCUGGGAACCUUUGAAGAUCCGGAUAACAUGGACGGAUUCUACGACCAGCAAGUCCCAUUUAUGGUCCCACCCAAUGUAAGCAUGCCCCUCAUAUCUUCAUAGAAAUAUAAUUACUAGAACUGUUGAAUGGGAAUGCCCAUUAUAAUUAUUCAAUUUUUAUGGUUCUUUAUCAAUCAGAAGCGUGGUUGUCAUGGGCUCUGUUCCAAUAUCCAAACUUCCAUACUGCUUGGAAUGCAGAAUCAGAAUGUAUUGGCCACGGAUUCUAAAAUGGUAUUCUAGUGUAGAUAUUCAAACAGAGCCAUAGAUUUAGGCUUGUCAACAUUCCAACUAGAUGUGAUGUGAUGUGACGUUCUCUCAAGAACAUUUUAUGAGUCACACCAGAGGCAUAUAUUUACAUGUAUACACGGCUCUGAGUCACACUAAACAGCUCUAACUAACAAGUUGGUUGUGUUUUCAUCAUUGCAUCAGAAAUCUCAUGUGGAGGAACCAUACAGCAGACCAGUCAUAGACAACAGGAAAAGGAAGUUUGUAGACACAGAACUCGCCCAGGACACGGAAGGUAAUUGGACAACUUCUUUGUCACUCAUUGCCCUUUGACGUCAGCAUGAGCCACCCGACACAACCAUACUUUUGAUUCCUAUCAUAUUUAAAGUGGAUUGUUAAAGUGCGAUCUACCUACCAUUCUGACAUUGAACAGCAGUCCAUAGGCUCAGUUUUAAAAAUAUUUGUAUGUUUCAGACCUCUUCCAAGACCUCAGUCAGUUGCAGGAGAUCUGGAUUGCAGAAGGUGAGUUAUCUAGUAAGUAUACCACAGAGUUUAUACUGAAUGCUUCCCCUUCCCUUGUCUGCUGAAUUUCUUUCGAUGUAUUCUGUUGCUCUCAGCACAACCCGACAGCGCUUGCCCUCUGGUAGACAUUGGUUAUGUUAAUUCAAUUUCAUCCAUAUCUAACGCCUUUGGAAAAGUAAUACAAUUCCCCUUGAAGUAGCUGUCGUCAAUACAGGCAGAAAAAUAAGGAUAAUCUUUGGAAAGAGUGUGACCAAAUGGAGGAAAAUGUUUUGGAUGAUUGAAUUGUGUUCCCAGAUGGUUAUUGAGAUGCGUUGAGCAAGUGGGCAGAUUGACCUAAAAUGAGAAUUUUGAAAUAUUCAUGUUUUCUUUCUGUGCACUAAACUAGAGCAAAGUCCUGUAAAUAAGCAACCGGCUCCUUUUGAAUAAAGACAUCAAAAUGAGCUUGACAGUUCCAGUGUUGUUCACCCGGCGGAGGCCCAGUUAGUAUCCACCUGUUUAACGCUCUCUUCUCUCCCUCCACAGCCCAGGUGCCUGAUGACGAACAGUUUGUCCCGGAUUUCCAGUCUGAUAGCUGUGAGUACCUGAGAUGUAUUAUUUAUACCAGGUUGGGAUGUAGAGGUGGUGUCAAGUUCCCCUACGCACACAAUGUAGCAAGAUCUGAUCUUGGGACUGCUGCUGUGCUUGACUGAAAGACCUAGGCCUUCAGGAUUACAGUGCUGCACUGAAAGAGCCAUUUGCCCUCCAGUUUUAUUAACUCAGUUCAUUCUUUAAGUCUUUACUGGCUUUAGAAUCUUUAAGAUAACAAACCCUGAUGAUCACUCUCUCUUAUUCUCCCGGUCUCUCUUUCUCGCUCGCUCUAUCCAACCAUCCUUAGAGGGAUUUCAUCCUGCCAGGGCCUGACGCCAUUCUUCUUACCCUCAAACAUCCCUCUAUACUCUGGGAAGAGACUUUUCCCCCCUCCCAUUUUGAGUUUAAUCAGGCGAUUGGCGUGGGGCAUCACAUGAGCCAAGCUCAUAAUCUGAUUUUACACUUUCAUGCACUCAAACUCAGCCUCUGGAGUGGGAUGGAUUCAAGCGGGUGGGCGUAUCCAAUGGAGUCCAAGUACACACAGCCCUUCUCUCGUCCCCUCUCCGACUCUGUACAGCUCCACCUCCCCCCAUUUGUCUGCAGUGCACAGAGCCUUUUAUAUGGCAGCUAAGGGAAAUAUUUGAGUUAUGUUCAGUGGAGCGUUUUAUGGUCCCCCCCCCUCUUUUACAGUUUGUUUUUGUCUGAUGUGGUAGCAGAGACUGGGUGUGGUCGCUGGCAUCUGUCUUUGUUAGUGGUUGGUGUUUUGGACCCCGAUCUGCAUGGUAGCCUAGCAUACUGUAAAUGACUGCGCUGCUGCAAUAUAUUAUUGAGGUUGCUGCUGUCACGUGUGUUUAGACAGUGAGGCCUAUGCUGAGGUGUGUAGUAGGACUUGCUAUAGUCUUCUCACAGUGAGGUGUCUGUGCAGUAUAGUUCUUGACACAGCUGUUUGGGUGCAUGUGUGAGCGUGCAGCAUAGUGUGUUUAGCAGCGACCCCAUAGCCAAACAGGGGCUAGGCUCUAACACAGGCUCUCUAUUCACCAGUCCCACGUGGCCCCUGCCCUGCCUUCAGUCAUCCGUCACAUGAUAGCCAAUGUGCUCCACACACUCUCCUCCUGCACUGCACUGUACUGAGCCUAGCCCUCCCAUCAUCUCAACACCUGUCUAGGAGAGUGGGGUGGAAAGUGCUUUAAUUUCCCAUUCUUCAUCUGUUUUCUGUCUCUCGCUCUCAUGUGUUCCGUCUGAGGCAAUACUACAUGUGGCCCUGCUCUGGGCUUUUAUAGCAUGCAUGCUCCGCUCACAUGCCUAUUGGUUCCCUGUCACCCCUCCCUUCACUGGUCCAUCAGUUAGGGUGAUGUGUCCAGCUCCUGUUACGCCUCUCGCCCGCGUAUCCGAUUUCACUGGCCCAUUAUGUGGCGCCGGAAAUGGGAGCCGACGUGAGACUGGAGAUCUAGUGGGCUAAUGGUUACAGUGAGGGGAGGAAAAUCAUUGAGAAUGGUUGAAUUACGGCCACACUGAAUCAUAGGUAUUGACCAGGGCUCCGCCUAUUCCAUAUAGUGCGAUACUUUUGACCAGAGCCCUAUGGGUACCAUUUGGGACGCAGCCUGGGUCCGUAAUAGAAAUCUGACGGGAGCGGACAGUGGUGAUAGUAUGAUACUGAUGGAGGUUUUCUAUUGGGCUGCCAGCCGUGGUUAGGAUGUGACAUGGUGAAGUGGCUCACAGUGCUGGUUGGGGGAAGACAAGAGACUGUCAAUGUCCAUUCAUUGAAAAUGAUGGAGGAUAUUGAAUAAGCCCUGACUGUCUGCACUUCUGUUUUAUAGGUUGAUUUUAGGUAGAGCAGUUUUCUAAUGUGUUGCCCCUCUCUCUUCUCAGUAACGUUUCAUGGCCCCCCACCAUCCAAGAUUAAACGGGAACUGAGUCCUUCCAAAGAGAAUUCUCCUUGUAGCCAGGACAGGAGUCCCAUGCCGUACGGAGAGAAGUGCCUUUACAGCUACAGGUAUGGACCAUUUUUUUAUUUUUUUAUAUAUAUACACACACUACAUCCAGUCAAAAGUUUGGACACACCUACUCAUUCAAGGGUUUUUCUUUAUUUUUACUAUUUUCUACAUUGUAGAAUAAUAGUGAAGACAUCAAAACUGAAAUAACACAUAUGGAAUCAUGUAGUAACCAAAAAAGUGUUAAACAAAUCAAAAUAUUUGAGAUUCUUCAAAUAGCCACCCUUUGCCUUGAUGACAGCUUUGCACAUCCUUGGCAUUCUCUCAACCAGCUUCAUGAGGUAGUCACCUGGAAUGCAUUUAAAUUGACAGGUUUGCCUUAAGUUAAUUUGUGGAAUUUCUUUCCUUCUGAAUGUGUUUGAGUCAAUCAGUUCUGUUGUGACGUGGUGGUGGGGGGGGGGGUGCAAUUUGGUAAAAGACCAAGUCCAUAUUAUGGCAAGAAAAGCUCAAAUAAGCAAAGAGAAACGACAGUCCAUCAUUACUUUAAGACAUGAAGGUCAGUCAAUCCGGAACAUUUCAAGAACUUAAAAAAUGUAUUCAAGUGCAGUCGAUAAAACGCUAUGAUGAAACUGGCUCUCAGGAGGACCGCCACAGGAAAGGAAGACACAGAGUUACCUCUGCUGCAGAAGAUAAGUUCAUUAGAGUUACUAGCCUCAGAAAUUGCAGUCCAAAUAAAUGCUUGAGUUCAAGUAACAGACACAUCUCAACAUCAACUGUUCAGAGGAGACUGUGUGAAUCAGGCCUUCAUGGUCGAAUUGCUGCAAAGAAACCACUACUAAAGGAGACUAAUAAGAAGAGACCUGCUUGGGCCAAGAAACACGAGCAAUGGACAUUAGACCGGUGGAAAUGUGUCCUUUGGUCUGGAGUCCAAAUUGGAGAUUUGGUUCAAACCGCCGUGUCUUUGUGAGACGCAGUGUGGGUGAACGGAUGAUCUCCGUGUUAUGGCGUGGGGGUGCUUUGCUGGUGAAAUUGUCUGAUUUUAUUUAGACUUCAAGGCACUUAACCAGCAUGGCUACCUCAGCAUUCUGCAGCGAUAUGCCAUCCCAUCUGUUUUGGGCUUAGUGGGAUUAUCAUUUAGUUUUUGAAGAGGACCGUGACCGAACACACCUCCAGGCGUGUGAUGGUUUGGGUUGAGUCGGACAGCAGAGUGAAGGAAAAGCAGCCAAGUGCUCAGCAUAUGUGGGAAGGCCUUCAAGACUGUUGGAAAAGCAUUCCAGGUGAAGCUGGUUGAGAGUAUGCCAAGUGUGCAAAGCUGUCAUCAAGUUAAAGGGUGGCUACUUUGAAGAAUCUCAAAUAUAAAAUAUAUUCUGAUUUGUUUAACACUUUUUUAGGUUACUACAUAAUUCAAUGUGUUAUUUCAUAGUUUUGACGUCUUCACUAUUAUUCUACAAUAUAUUUAAAAACAAAAGUAAAACCCUUGAAUGAGUAGGUGUCCAAACCUUUGACUGGUACUCUCUGUGUGUGUGUGUGUGUGUGUGUGUGUGUGUGUGUAUAUAUACAUACAAUAAAUUAGGAAGUCUGAAGUUUACAUACACCUUGCCAAAUACAUUUAAACUCUGUUUUUCACAAUUCCUGACAUUCAAUCCUAGUAAAAAUUCCCUGUCUUAGGUCAGUUAGGAUCAACACUUUAUUUUAAGAAUGUGAAAUGUCAGAAUAAUGGUGAUUUUAUUUAUUUUAAGCUUUUAUUUCUUUCAUCACAUUCCCAGUGGGUCAGAAGUUGAUAUGCACUCAAUUAGAAUUUGGUAGCAUUGCCUUUAAAUUGUGUAACUUGGGUCAAAUGUUUCGGGUAGCCUUCCACAAGCUUCCCACAAUAAGUUGAGUGAAUUUUGGCCCAUUCCUCCUCAAAGAGCUGGUGUAACUGAGUCAGGUUUGUAGGCCUCCUUGCUCGCACACGCUUUUUCAGUUCUGCCCACACAUUUUCUAUAGGAUUGAGGUCAGGGCUUUGUGUUGGCCACUCCAAUACCUUGACUUUGUUGUCCUUAAGCCAUUUUGCCACAACUUUGGAAGUCUGCUUGGGGUCAUUGUCCAUUUGGAAGAUCCAUUUGCGACCAAGCUUUAACUUCCUGACUGAUGUCUUGAGAUGUUGCUUCAAUAUAUCCACAUAACUUUCCUUCCUCAUGAUGCCAUCUAUUUUGUGAAGUGCACCAUUCCCUCAUGCAGCAAAGCACCCCCACAGCAUGAUGCUGCCACCCCCGUGCUUCAUGGUUGGGAUGGUGUUCUUCGGCUUGCAAGCCUUCCCCUUUUUCCUCCAAACAUAACGAUGGUCAUUAUGGUCUAACAGUUCUAUUUUUGUUUCAUCACACCAGAGGACAUUUCUCCAAAAAGCAUGAUCUUUGUCCCCAUGUGCAGUUGCAAACCGUAGUCUGGCUUUUUUAUAGCGGUUUUGGAGCAGUGGCUUCUUCCUUGCUGAGCUGCCUUUCAGGUUAUGUCGAUAUAGGACUCGUUUUACUGUGGAUAUAGAUACUUUUGUACCUGUUUCCUCCAGCAUCUUCACAAGGUCCUUUGCAAAUCAAUCCCAGAACAACAGCACUUUUCGCACCAAAGUACGUUCAUCUCUAGGAGACAGAACGCGUCUCCUUCCUGAGCGGUAUGACGGCUGCGUGGUCCCAUGGUGUUUAUACUUGCAUACUAUUGUUUGUACAGAUGAACGUGGUACCUUCAGCCGUUUGGAAAUUGCUCCCAAGAAUGAACCAGAAUUUUUUUUUCUGAGGUCUUGGCUGAUUUCUUUGGGAUUUUCCCAUGUCAAGCAAAGUUUGAAGGUAGGCCUUGAAAUACAUCCACAGGUACAUCUCCAAUUGACUCAAAUGAUGUCAAUUAGCCUAUCAGAAUGUUCUAAAGCCAUGACAUCAUUUUUUGGAAUUUUCCAAGCUGUUUAAAGGCACAGUCAACUUAGUGUAUGUAAACUUCUGACCCACUGGAAUUGUGAUACAGUGAAAUAAUCUGUCUGUAAACAAUUGUUGGAAAAAUGUACUUGUCAUGCGCAAAGUAGAUGUCCUAACCAACUUGCCAAAACGAUAGUUUGUUAACAAGAAAUUUGUGGAGCGGUUGAAAAACGAGUUUUAAUGACUCCAACCUAAGUGUAUGUAAACUUCCGACUUCAACUGUGUGUGUGUGUGUGUGUGUGUGUGUAUACACACAGCUCUGUAAAAAAUUAAGCGACUACUGCAAAAUGUUCUUAAAUCAGCAUCUCUACAUGUAUGACAGCCAUUCCAGUGUCGGGUGAAUUCCAACACAGGCACACCUCAUUCUACUGAAUUAGGUACUGAUUAGGUGAUCACCUGAACCAAAUCUUAUUUAACAAGGAAAAGUAUAAAAACCACUGCUGUGGUCAUCACUAUCCUCUUGCAAUAGGACCAGCUGGAUGGCAAAAACAGUGCUAAUAGUACCUCAAAAGUAAUAUUAAUCAAAAAAUAACUAUUGACCAUGCCAAAAGAGUUGAAAAGGAAAGUUUUGAGUGAGGAAAAGAAGGGUUCAAUUCUGGCUUUACUGGCAGAGGGAUACAGUGAGCAUCAGGUUGCUUCCAUCCUUAAAAUUUCAAAGACGGCGGUUCAUAAGAACAAGGUCAAGCAGCAGACAUUGGGGACAACAAAGCUACAGACCGGCAGAGGGCGAAAACGACUCUACUGACCGGGAUGACCGCCAACUCAUUCGAAUGUCACUCAACAACCAUAGGAUGACAUCAAGUGACCUACAAAAAUAAUGGCAAACGGCAGCUGGGGUGAAGUGCACGGCGAGGAUGGUUUGAAACAGGCUCCUAGGGGCAGGGCUGAAGUCGUGCAAAGCUAGAAAAAAGCCCUUCAUCAAUGAGAAGCAAAGAAAAGCCAGGCUGAGGUUUGCAAAAGACCGUAAGGAUUGGACCGUAGAGGACUGGAUUAAGGUCAUUUUCUGAGUCCAAUUUUCAGCUUUGCCCAACACCUGGUCGUCUAAUGGUUAGACGGAGACCUGGAGAGGCCUACAAGCCACAGUGUCUCGCACCCACUGUGAAAUUUGGUAGAGGAUCGGUGAUGAUCUGGGGGUGCUUCAGCAAGGCUGGAAUUGGAUAGAUUUGUCUUUGUGAAGAACGUACAAGGUUGUCCUGGAAGAAAACUUGCUUCCUUUUGCUCUGACAUUGUUCCCCAACUCUGAGGAUUGGUUUUUCCAGCAGGACAAUGCGCCAUGCCUCACAGCCAGGUCAGUCAAGGUGUGGAUGGAGGACCACCAGAUCAAGACCCUGUCAUGACCAGCCAAAUCUCCAGACCUGAACCCCAUUGAAACUUCUGGAAUAUGAUCAAGAGGAAGAUGGAUGGUCACAAGCCAUCAAACAAAGCCGAGCUGCUUGAAUUAUUUCGCCAGGAGUGGCAUAAAGUCACCCAACAUCAAUGUGAAAGACUGGUGGAGAGCAUGCCAAGACGCAUGAAAGCUGUGAUUGAAAAUCAGGGUUAUUCCACCAAAUAUUGAUUUCUGAACUCUUCCUAAGUUAAAACAUUUAUAUUGUGUUUAAAAAUGAACAUUAACUUAUUUUCUUUGCAUUAUUCGAGGUCUGACAAAACUGCAUAUUUUUUGUUAUUUUGACCAGUUGUCAUUUUCUGCAAAUAAAUGCUCUAAAUGGCAAUAUUUUUAUUUGGAAUUUGGGAGAAAUGUUGUCAGUAGUUUAUAGAAUAAAACAAAAAUGUUAAUUUCACCCAAACACAUACCUAUAAAUAGUAAAACCAGAGAAACAUAUAUUUUUGCAGUGGUCUCUUAAUUUUUUCCAGAGAGAGAUGUAUGUAUGUACAGUGAGGGGAAAAAAGUAUUUGAUCCCCUGCUGUUUUUGUACGUUUGCCCACUGACAAAGACAUGUGGUCCUCUGUAGCUCAGCUGGUAGAGCACGGCGCUUGUAACGCCAAGGUAGUGGGUUCGAUCCCCGGGACCACCCAUACACAAAAAUGUAUGCACGCACGACUGUAAGUCGCUUUGGAUAAAAGCGUCUGCUAAAUGGCAUAUUAUAUGAUCAGUCUAUCAUUUUAAUGGUAGGUUUAUUUGAACAUUGAGAGACAGAAUAACAACAAAAAAAUCCAGAAAAAUGCAUGUCAAAAAUGUUAUAAAUGUAUUUGCAUUUUAAUGAGGGAAAUAAGUAUUUGACCCCUUCUGCAAAACAUGACUUAGUACUUGGUGGCAAAACCCUUGUUGGCAAUCACAGAGGUCAGACGUUUCUUGUAGUUGGCCACAAGGUUUGCACACAUCUCAGGUGGGAUUUUGUCCCACUCCUCUUUGCAGAUCUUCUCCAAGUCAUUAAGGUUUCGAGGCUGACGUUUGGCAACUCCAACCUUCAGCUCCCUCCACAGAUUUUCUAUGGGAUUAAGGUCUGGAGACUGGCUAGGCCACUCCAGGACCUUAAUGUGCUUCUUCUGCUCAAGAAAGCACAAACAGGCCUGUCUGAAGUUUGCCAAUGAACAUCUGAAUGAUUCAGAGGAGAACUGGGUGAAAGUGUUGUGGUCAGAUGAGACCAAAAUCGAGCUCUUUGGCAUCAACUCAACUCGCCGUGUUUGGAGGAGGAGGAAUGCUGCCUAUGACCCCAAGAACACCAUCCCCACCGUCAAACAUGGAGGUGGAAACAUUAUGCUUUGGGGGUGUUUUUCUGCUAAGGGGACAGGACAACUUCACCGCAUCAAAGGGACGAUGGACGGGGCCAUGUACCGUCAAAUCUUGGGUGAGAACCUCCUUCCCUCAGCCAGGGCAUUGAAAAUGGGUUGUGGAUGGGUAUUCCAGCAUGACAAUGACCCAAAACACACAGCCAAGGCAACAAAGGAGUGGCUCAAGAAGAAGCACAUUAAGGUCCUGGAGUGGCCUAGCCAGUCUCCAGACCUUAAUCCCAUAGAAAAUCUGUGGAGGGAGCUGAAGGUUCGAGUUGCCAAACGUCAGCCUCAACCUUAAUGACUUGGAGAACAUCUGCAAAGAGUUUGUCAGUGGGCUAACGUACAAAAUCAGCAGGGGAUCAAAUACUUUUUUCCCUCACUGUAUGUAUAUAUGUAUGUGUGUGUAUAUAUAUACGUGUGUGUACAGACACAGAAAAAAGUAUUUGAUCCCCUGCUGGUUUUUUACGUUUGCCCACUGACAAAGAAAUGAUCAGUCUAUAAUUUUAAUGGUAGGUUUAUUUGAACAGUGAGAGACAGAAUAACAACAAAGAAAUCCAGAAAAACGCAUGUUUAUAAAUUGAUUUGCAUUUUAAUGAGGGAAAUAAGUAUUUGGCCCCCUCUCGAUCAGAAUGAUUUCUGUCUCCCAGAUGUCUUUUAUACAGGUAACGAGCUAAGAUUUAAAGGGAGUGCUCCUAAUCUCAGCUUGUUACCUGUAUAAAAGCCACCUGUUCACAGAAGCAAUCAAUUAAUCAGAUUCCAAACUCUCCACCAUGGCCAAGACCAAAGAGCUCUCCAAGGAUGUCAGGGACAAGAUUGUAGACCUACACAAGGCUGGAAUGGGCUACAAGACCAUCGCCAAGAAGCUUGGUGAGAAGGUGACAACAGUUGGUGCGAUUAUUCGCAAAUGGAAGAACACAAAAUAACUGUCAAUCUCCCUCGGCCUGGGGCUCCAUGCAAGAUCUCACCUCGUGGAGUUGCAAUGAUCAUGAGAACGGUGAGGAAUCAGCCCAGAACUACACAGGAGGAUCUUGUCAAUAAUCUCAAGGCAGCUUGGACCAUAGUCACCAAGAAAACAAUUGGUAACACACUACGCCGUGAAGGACUGAAAUCCUGCAGCGCCUGCAAGGUCCCCCUGCUCAAGAAAGCACAUAUACAGGCCCGUCUGAAGUUUGCCAAUGAACAUCUGAAUGAUUCAGAGGAGAACUGGGUGAAAGUGUUGUGGUCAGAUGAGACCAAAAUCGAGCUCUUUGGCAUCAACUCAACUCGCCGUGUUUGGAGGAGGAGGAAUUAUAUGUAUAUGUAUGUGUGUGUAUAUAUGUCUGUGUGUGUGUGUGUGUAUAAAUAUAUACAUAUACACAUUACAUCACAUUACCUUUCACCACACUGACAUAAGAGCCCAGGAUUCUUGCUUUCUGUCUGACCGGUCUGUCUCUCCCUCCACAGUGCCUAUGAGAGAGAACCUAGUGGGGGCUAUAAGCCAUUGACCCCUCCCUCUACACCCGUGUCACCAUGCAACUCUACCAACACCCCAGGGACACACCCACUCAGCCAGCAGACUCCUCCCCCUCAUCAAAUACCCAAUCAGAACCAGACGCAAGGGCCACACCCCCUGCAGCACGUGCAGCCUGACAACCAAGAAGUUGGCCCAGCUCACAACCAGCAGAGGACACUCCCCCUCCAGAGCCCGCCCUACGCAGUGCCCUGCCCCUCCUCACUCCUCAUUCAGGAUGGUACCUACAGCCCUGAACACAGGUGAUUGGUCCUAACACCUCUCACCCAAUCACAUCAGUCAGACUCCGAGUUAGGUUAACUGUAUACAAUGCUAUCCUUUCAAGUCUUGAAGGUUCUGAAGAAGGCCGUUGAAGGCCGAAACGUCAAUCUUUUAAACGUGUCUAAUAAAACUGCGUAUUUUUAUGGUGAGCGAGCAUUGCGCCUUUUCCUGUCCAAUGAUGUCAACACAUUUUUAGGUUGCUUAUCUGCUCACGUUGGUUGAGCACCUUCUACUUCUUAACAAGUCUUGAAGGUGAGAGCCUGAGGCUAGGCUUACUGGUAUAGGAGUUUAUCAUGAGAAACCGUGUCAGAGGUGUUAGCCUAUACGAUUAUAUGAGAUGAACGUCCAACAUUGGUCAACAGGUGAAUGACUCCAUCCAGAUGUUUACUAACAUUCUAACUAAUGAGCCUGUCUGUAUAGAUGACCCCUGACCCUAGGUUAACCUCUCUAAAUGUACACAUCCAUCGCACUAAGACAGGAGUUCAUGUUUCCAUUGCACUCUGAGACACCGUGCCAUUUUAAACGCCAAGACCAGUGGAGACUAUCAGGCUUUGUGCCCCUAUGUUGAGGAAAGGUCCAACGGUUGGUAGCGUGUGCUGGCAUCAUGACUGACGGACUCCUCUUUGGGAGACUGUCUAAACCUGACUCCCGUGGGAACGACCCACCGCCCCCGUCACCCCACCUGUGACAGGACUCCUGAUGGGAUGUGUUGGAACGCAGGGCAUGUCAUCACCAGCCAGUAAUGUGGAAUCUGUGUGUAGCCAGAAGCCAUUGACCUUGUCUCUGUCUUACUGUCAGUGGAGGAUCUUUUUAUACCUGCUAGCUAUUGACAUCUGCCCCCAGUAUCUCAUUUACAGCUUAUAUUCGCUAAGUGAGUACAUUUGGCUCCUGCAUGUGUGCCUUGCGUCUUGGUCUAAAGCUGGACGCUCAGUAGUUCAUCAAUGGUUGAAGACUCUUACUCGCAUUUACUGUAAAUGUAUGUCUCUUAUAUUAAAACAGUUUCCAUUCACUUUAAAACUGAAAUGUUUUUAAGCUACAGUUUUCAUCAAUAGCCAUCAGUAGUUCAAGAGUCUAAUGAACGGUCAUUCAAUCUCUCUGUUCAAACAUUUGUUUAUAGGAACAGUUUUCAUCCACCUACCUUCUCCCAUGUCUUCCUCCACCCUAGGUUCCAGAGGCAGAUGUCGGAGCCAUGUCUACCCUUCCCUCCCUCUGAGAGCCAGACUCGCUCUCAGUUCCUGCCCCAGCAGCAGGCCACCAGCCGCAGCACCCUGCCCAGGGACGGGAGGCCCCCCUACCACCGCCAGAUGUCUGAGCCCCUGGUCCCUGGUCCCGUGCCUCCACCCAGCUUCAAGCAGGAGCUGCUGGACCCUCGCUACACCGAGCAGGGUGUCCCCUCCAUGGGCCCCCCUCAGUGUGCCUUCCACCCCAUGGCCAUCAAGCAGGAGCCCCGGGACUUCUGCUUCGACUCUGGUAAGUGGCUGGCUACCUUCAGGCUGCUCUGGAUCGGUUGGUUACACUACAGAGGCUUGGGUCAUAAGUUUAUAGCUGACCCACAGGGUUGUCAUGGGGUUUGAGGGGUGUGAGUCUUGACAUUGGUUCCUAUUCUCUGUUGGAUUGGUGGAAACAUGAGGUUCCACCAUAUUUAUUCCACCAUUCCUUUCUUUUCAUAAAGGGGAGUGAACAAGUGCACCCUUAGGACAAAAGGAAAGCGAAACAGGACACAACCUUGGGCCUCUCUGAUGCAGGUUGCUGUCCUAGGAGAGUUAGUCUAGUCCCCUCCAGCCAGGCUGCAUGUGAGCAGACUGGUUAGAGGGUGGGGAAUGUGCCCGUCCCUGUUGAUUUUGCUCGCUGGCACGCGGCUGUUAGUUUUAGCGCGGCAAAUCCCAGAACCAUGAACAAACACAACCGUGUAGACCCUCUCACCUCACACCGGCCUGCGUCAGCACUCGUAACACACACACACACACACACACACACACACGACCGUGUCAUUUCCAAAUACGACAGUCACUCUGCUCUCUGACAGUCUGGCCAGUAAAGAUGGGUCUCUUAGCGCGGCUUGAGCCUCAGCAGAGCAGAGGGGAAAGCAAAUGGGUCAGUCAUCCCCAAGCCCAGGCACAGACAAACCUACUUCACUAGUAUAGGGCUACCUAGAAUAGAUUUGGGCCACUACAUUGUGUUUAGAGGGUGCUAGAAUGCAAGUAUGAACACUACAAGGAUGCUCCUCAACCAACUACAUUGAGAUUUACACUGAAAUGAAUCCAAUAGACUUAUACAGAUUGACUUAUUGCCAGAUGUCCUCGUCCAGAUAGAAACACUACCUAGAAGUAAUCCCACCAGAGAAGAGGAGUACAAUUCUGUUGACUUUUUAUCUCGAUGCCCACGCACCCCAGCUGUUGUCCCGCUUCUGCCACCAACACCCACCUUUCCUUCCCUCCUCCGCCCAGGCCAGCUUUGCGCUGUCCCUCUCUCAUUCUACCUCAGCUUAAUGAUUGGGAGGUCAGUGAUGUAAUGCCAAAUCCUCUUAGCUUCUUACAACCUAUAAAUACAUAAGUCAGCAUAAAGGUCCACUGGCCCAGCCUCUGUCUCUCUCUGGAUGGAUGUAUAUGAGCUAAACUAGUAGCCACCGUAGUCGCAUCACACUUUUGUCUCUCCUGGUAGGGACGGCUCGCCUGAUAAUUGAUGCGUCUGAAAUUGCAGCCUAUUCCCAAUAUAGUGCACUACUUUUGAGAUGGAACAUAUCCCAACCACAUGCAGUAAAUGGAUACUGCUUGUAUGUAUGAUCUCCUUUUACUAGCGUGCAAGCAGAGCAGCAUUCUAAAUUUACUGGUGUCAGAGGUUGAUGUUGAUACGUUGUGUUUAUGGGAAAGUGAAGAGCUGUCAGUGUAACUAACCUGUCUCGUCCUCCCUCUGUUACAGAAGUGCCUAUCUGUCAGUCUACAUUUGGAAGAGCAGGGACCUUCUACCAAAACAACCAUGAAAGUAAGUGUCCAUUUCCCCCAUCUUAGCAGUGGCAUGUUUCAAGUUUAUUCCUCUGUAAUAAAUACACAGGCAAUCCUACUCAUCAGAGCUCUCGCAAUAAAAAAACGUUACAAGGGCUUACUAGUAGCUGUUGACCCUCUAGUUGUGACUUAUUGAGCGGUUAUAAAGUGCUGCAUGGUUGGAGAAUAGGACAUGCCGGAAGGUAGAGGUCAACAUAAGAAUGACGUCUCUCGGGAUGAUGCAUCUAUCAAUGAGGUUUUCACUGUGAGCAUUUCAACACCGCUCAGCAGCACUGCUGCCUGCAUAAUGUUAGCACAACAGAAUUUUCCACUCUUGGGAAGCUGCCCGGCUAUAUUGCUUUGUGAGCAGUUUAGUCCCCCUGGAAUAUAGUAGCUGACCUCCACAGCAAAAUGUAGGCCAUAUUCCCACCCCCUCCCUGGCUAGCUAAUCUCUUUCUCUCCCAAUCACAGGUUUCUCCUUUGACAGAGAGCCUCACCUGUACUAUGACGAUACCUGCGUGGUUCCUGACAGACUUGAAGGUAAGAAAGACUACAUUAAGAACAGGUUUGUCCCAUCCUUGGGCCGGGGGAGAGCUUUUUGAGCAGCAUGGUGUUCAUCCCGUCCUUGGGUGGAGAGCUUUACAAGCAGCACAGAGGAGACUCUACUCAGCUGCUGACAGCAUGUGAAAGGACAGGAUUAUUAGUAUGUCUGUUGCAUCACUGACUAGAGAGAGGAGAACUGUAGAAAGUCUGCUUUGAGCAGCAGAGAUGGCAGGCGGGUGUAAAAUGAGUAGCCUGCCUCCCUUCAGUCCACAGCUCAUAGGAAUGUCUCACCACACUGUAGUGGAGUACAGUCAGGCAGGCUGGGACCAAAAAUGGGCCCUGGCAUUUCUAACACGCUGGUUUGUUAUUUUGUUCUUGAGUCCCCCACACGGACCAUUUCUUCCCUUGAUUCCCCGAUUUAUUAGCCAGAUAAUGAUCAUUUUGCUCCAAAAACCCAAGUUAGACAUGCCCGCUAGGCAAACAAUGUGUGAUUUGGGGGGGGGGGAAUCGAUAGUCAAAACUAUCAUAUCAUUUUUGCGCUAGUUGACUAUACCUACACUAAAACUCCAAUAUUUUUCCUUCAUAGCUUGUUCUCCUUUUAAAAUAGGGAGCCAAUUUGUUAUCAGCACUUAUUUCCAUGACUGAUCAAAACUCAUUUUCUCAUGGCUCUCUUGUCCCUCUGCAGCAGACGUGGUGAGCAAUAUGUUCAGACAAUGGAAUGGCAAUAAAAUCACAGUAUUGAAUCGCAAUACAUAUAGAAUCGGGAGAAUCGCAAUACAUAUUGUAUCGGCACCUUAGUAUCGUGAUAAUAGUGAGGUCCCUGGCAAAACCCAACCCUGUAAAAAAUUGACCAGCCCAUCUGGCAUUUGCCCGACAUGCUAGCUGGCCAGGCCGCCCCUGAGUACAUUGCUCACUCUCCCCCCCCCCACCACCACCACAGGGAAGGUCAAGCAGGAGCCAUCAGUGUACCGUGACGGCCCGCCCUACCAGCGGCGCGGCUCUCUGCAGCUCUGGCAGUUUCUGGUCACCCUAUUGGACGACCCGGCCAACGGUCACUUCAUUGCCUGGACAGGCCGGGGCAUGGAGUUCAAACUCAUUGAGCCAGAAGAGGUCAGUUGUUGAAAUAGUUUUUUCAUUGUUAAACAUGACAGAUUCUGGGAUUUGAAGAGAUCUCUUACAAUUAAUUUUUUUAGGGGUCAGUUCCUUACCCUGGUCCUAGUAGUAGUUCAGGACAUUAAAAGUUGGUGUACUCAUUCAAUCACUAUUUGUUUUUAAGACGUUCAAUCAGGCAAUGUGACUGAAUUAGUAUUUUCUGUCUCUUCAGGUGGCUCGCCGCUGGGGCAUCCAGAAGAACAGGCCAGCAAUGAACUACGACAAGCUGAGUCGUUCUCUGCGCUACUACUAUGAGAAGGGAAUCAUGCAGAAGGUAAAGGCAGGUUCACCCUUUCUAUCCUUCCCCAUUUCUCCUCAGAAACAGCCUGAUGCUUCCUUGGCUCAUUUGAAUACAACCUUGGAGGGUGAUGCAGCCAUAGAGAUGCAUAUUAUAUCAUGUUAAACUAUUGUGUUCUAUUUGAUUCUGUGGGUCUAACUAACUUGUUCUUCUCCGAUUGGUCUAUUCCAGGUUGCUGGCGAGAGGUAUGUGUACAAGUUUGUGUGCGACCCUGAGGCCCUGUUCUCCAUGGCCUUCCCUGACAACCAGAGGCCCAGCCUGAAGGCCGACCCAGACAGCCUGCCCUGCAUUGGGGUGGACGACGACACCCUACCCCUCACCCACUACGACAAGAACACCCCUUACCUGGUGGACUCUGGGGAGCAGUGUGUAGGAGGUCUGCCCUACGGGUACUGA